AAAAAAAAAAAAAAAAAAAAAAAAAAAAAAGAAAAGAUUGUGUCAUGGUUACUCAUCCUUUUAUCACUUUUAUUAUGUCACAAUGAUAAAUAGAGUCCGGUGCCUACAGCUGAAAAGUCUGAAGAAACUGUCGCUGCUGCUCCUGAAGUUCCCGAAGGAACCACCACUGCUGCUGAAGCAACUCCCGAGGAAAAUAACUUGACGGAUGCUGAAGAAGGUCAAACAAAGGAGAGCACCACUGCUAUCCCAAAGGACCAUAAAGAAAAUAUGAUCGACACUAUCAAGAAGGGCCCUCUUGGAAAAUUCUUCAACAAGAAGAAAGAAACUGAACAACCUAGCACUACUACUACUGCUGCGGAAAGUAACACAACAAGCGAUCCUCCUGUUACCACUGCUGCUAGUGCUUCUUCAGAUGAGCAACAACCUGCUGUGACUAGCGCUGCGGAUGAGACAUCCAACAACCACUUGGCUGAACCUACUCAUGCUGCUGCUACUGCUGCUGCUGCAGAAUCCAAUGCACCUGUUCAAGGACAAAAACGCUCUGGUUCUCCUUUAGGACGUCGUAUCACUCAAAUGUUCCGUAACUUUAAUAAGAAAAAGCAGCCUGCUGCUGCUGCUACUGAUAGUACUACCCCUAGCACUUCUGAAGAAAAAAAGGAAACCGUUCAUGAUACUACAGAAGCUGCUACCUCUGCUGCUCCUGUCGAAGAAGCUGUCAAGGAAGAAGAGCAAGAUCCUACUACUUCUACCACUGUUACAGCUACUGCUCCAGCUGUAACUCCUGUCGUCCAAGCUACUGCUUAAAUCCCACCCCCUUGAUGGAAUGUAGUGACAAGGAAUCAUGCUUCUACACUCAAAUCCUUCUUACUUUGCACUAUCUUUCAGAUCAUUGAAUCACAACAAAUAACUAUCAGUCACACACCUUGUCACUUGAUAUGAUUAUCUUGCUUCUCUACAACAUGUUCUACUCUUUACACAAUAAUACUACCGCUAUGAAUACUACUACUACUACUACUACUACUACUA